UUCAUAGAUGGAUAUAGCUUGCCCAAAUAUGAAUCCGCUGGUGGUCCAGUUGGUGACUCUGUUGGCCCAGCUCCCAAAUUGCUUAAGUAUGAGCCUGCUGGUGGCUCAGUUCCUGCUGUUGUUUCUGACUCAGCAGUUGGUCCAUCUCCCAUUCAUACUACUAAUGUGGCAGGAAGUGCUCAAUCUUCAUCCCCUCAACUCUCAGAACAAGGAAAAGACUCAGAGGAAGUGACAUCUGAUGCAUUGGGUUUCGGAUCAAAAAAAGAGAAAAAGAACGAUGAAGAAAAAGCUGCUGCAGAUGAUAUUGUGUACAAGUAUAAAGUCAACGAGACAGGAGAACAUGGAGUCGUGCUGAUCAUCAAUAAUGUCUACUUUAAAGAGAAAGAUAAAGCUGAUCGUAAAUCAUCAGCCGAAGAUGCUAAAAGAUUAAAGGAAUUAUUUGAAGGCCUUCGCUAUCAAGUGAUAGUUCAUGAAGACUUACCGGCUGAAGAAAUAAGAACAAAAGUUAGUGCAAUUGCUGCUGGGUUAGUAACCAAGAAACAUGAUAGUUUCAUAUGUUGCAUUCUGUCUCAUGGCAAUCCAGCAGGAGUUGAAGGAGUUGAUGGGAAAACAGUUACUGUCGCUGAAUUGGCUAAAAGUAUAAAUUCUACAAAAUGCCCAGCACUUCAUGGAAAACCCAAAGUAUUUUUCUUUCAAGCUUGUCGAGGGACUGAAGUACCAGAGCCUUCAACUGCUGAUUCGUCUGGGCAAUGGCUUCCAAAUAAAGAAGAAGAGAUGGUUGCUGAUGGUACUGCUCGAGCAUUACCACCAGAAGCUGAUUUCUUGUUUGGUUUUAGCACUUCUGAUGGCAACGUUGCUGCAAGAGGUGUCUACUCUGGUUCACAAUAUAUAAAAGCAUUGUGUGAGUUUCUUGAUCCCAAAUAUUCUUCAAGGCUUAGUCUUGAUGAGCUCCUACUUCUCGUUAAUUACAAAGUAUCAGGGAAUCCUAUUGAUUAUAAAAUGUCGUACAAGUAUCAUCAAAUGCCCGAGAUCAGAAGCACUUUGAGAGGAAAAUUUUACUUUAAAAAGUAACUUGAGUGUUUUAUUAUUUUAGUUAUUUUUGCAGCAAAAAGAUUUUAGUGUGUAUUUUUUCAUUAUACUUUUGUAAUGCUACUCUUAAAUGCUUUUUUGAGUA